GUGAUACUUAAUUCAUUGUUACAGGAGAGAUUUCCCGUACGGGCUAAGAAAAUGAAAAACUAAAGAAAUGCUUGAGCUCGCCGCUUUUCUGUCAUGAUGAUGAGUAACGCGACAGCAGUGUAGUUUUGUAGGUUUUUUACGGGCAGAAAACAAUGGUCGGCACGAAUUCGAAUAGGAACUCAAACGCUCCGCAAGGAGUCGGGCGGCCGUUGCUCGCCCUAGACAAUGCUGGCCGCAUAAGCGAAAAAGCUAUAAGUUUUUUAGCGACAACACUACGACAACCCACCUAUGCAUCUCUGUUUUUUCCCGCGCACGAGGCCGCGGCUGGGAAUAUGUCUGUAUCGGAAUAUGAGCGAGACGGAGAUGUUGGUCGGCAACAGAGGUUUUCGUCUAUCUGGGGUGAGGCACUGAUCAACGGGGAGGGCGCUCAGAUCGCUUGUGUGAGCCCAUGGCAGCCUAAGCUGGUCGUCAUUCGCAAAGUCUUUGCAUUGUUGGAGGAGGACGAUUUCGUUCGGUGUGGUCAACUUUCCCGUAAGUGCCUUUGGCUCGCGUCUCUGGUCGGUCUUCUGAGUGAAGAUUCCGAUAAUCCCGAGGAAAUCGAAGAGGCUGCGCGUGCAGUGCGUUUAUAUCGGAAACAGCUCUGGAGCAAAAGACGAAGAACUACAAGUGCGUCAAGAACCGCGUCUGAAGGAGCAAACAGAGACGAAGCCUCCUCCUGGCCACCACAGGCUCUCCAACUUGGAGUUUUACCCGCACAAGCCGGUGACUCCUGUUGCUCCAAAGACCUGUGCUCAGUCUUUUCUGAACAUGCUGUGGCGCAAAUCGAGCUGCUCUCAGAUGCGAUUGCUGUCGCAGGCGCUAAGACAUGCGGUCUCGGCGUUUACUUUCAACUUGCGGGAAUGUUCGAAGCAGUGGGUGCUAGCUCCACAGCGUUUCUGAUCGGACAAGCAGGGUUUAGAGCGCAUGGGAUUUUGCCUUUCCUAGUAAAAAAUACGAAUAGUAGUAGACAUAACUCCGGUAAUGCGAAUGCGGUUAUCUCCUGUGCACAAGAGGCUGGUUUUCAGCGGCCAGGAAUACUUUUUCCAGAACUGCUGGCUAGACCCUUUUGGACACGAACGAUGUUGGAAAGCUUGAACGAGUCGGAUAAUGACAGAGAAAUUUCUUCUUCUUGUGAUAGUAGAAAUCCUCAAUCAUCGGGAUCACCGUUUUCAUGGAUAGAAGCGCUUGAAAGUCGUGUCUUUCCGGUUGUCAAAUCCGAGCUAGAGGCAAUGGAUCGAGGACUACAUGCACGACAUGUUGGACAUCCUAGUGAUCAUGGUGCGUCUUUUCAGAUGGAGCCAGUAGGCGGCAACCAUCGUGAAGGGGGAAAGCAUGAUGGAGAGGUGGUCGGCAAGGGCUCAUGGCACGAGUGCGUUUUGUUUACGAGUGCAACGGGCGAACAGUACAAGAAGGAACUUCUAGAGAGCAAGGCGGGCUGCAGCAAACUUGUGGCCGUAUCAAGAACAAGAGGACAAGAAAGUAGAAGUGAAAAUCGCGAUUCUGAGAAUACGAAAUACGCCGGAGGAGAUACAUCAAAAGGUCGUAAAAAAGACGAUCGUGAACAACAGAGCAGAUCCAGAUCCUGCGAGGAAGUAAAGGAGCUUCCAGGCCCGUUUUUGGAAACAAGAAAGUUACUUCGCGAGUUGAUUCCUGGUUAUGUGGAAAUGGCAGAACGAGGAGAAGGCGAGAUCAUCAUCAGUCAACUAUCCCCAGGGUCACACAUCAAACCACAUUGUGCACCGAACAAUCUACGUCUCACUGCACACUUAGGGGUGGAUAUUCCACGACGGGCAGAGGAAACAAUUCCAAGUAGACAGAAAAAUGCAUUUAGAUUUACGCCUGACGAACUUUUUGUUCGUUGUGGAGAUCGAGUAGUAGAUUCAUCACAUGUCCAAAAAGAAGGAGGUGAAAGACUGCGUCCGAAGUGUGCGAUUAGAGUGGGUAGUGAAUGGCGCGCAUGGAGAGAGGGGGAAGUGAUGCUGUUCGACGAUUCUUUCGAGCACGAAGUGCGCAACGACACUGAGGAACGGCGUGUAGUGCUUCUAAUACGAUUCUGGCAUCCAGGGGUCCGACACGAAAAUCUUCAAUCGAAGGUUCUUGACACUACAGCACAGCCAGCGAGUGACGUAGUAAAAAAAGCAGUCAAGAAGAACAAAACGAAACCGAGUCACGAGAAUUCCGAUGGCCGCGGCUGUGAAUUUGACUGCCUGUCAGAUAUGAUGCGGACCUUUAUCACUCGAUUGAAAAGCCAAGAACUAAAAGCCAGCUGUGAAGAAAUAGCCUCUGUGCAGCAAAAGGUUAGGGCAUGGGUCGGUGCCGGUCGUCCAACUGGAUCCGUGGCUGAAGAGUUGCGAACCGACCUCAGCCAAGUACUCGGUAUUCAGCGGGUAGAAACUGACCACGGUGGAGGUGACAGUGGAGUUGAAGACGCCUCAAGUACGGUCUCUACGGACUCGACACGGUCAAACUCGAAUGUUGAUUGCCAGGAGGCGAGAGCUCAGAUGAACUGCGAUAUAACGAGGAACGCCUUUUCUCCUUCAAGUGUUUCUGGAAAUUGUAUUGUACACGAAAACUUUUUGAUCCCACUUAUCGAUAUUCCGCCAGCACGAGGAGAUCCAGAGGAGCAUGAUGAAAACGAUCAUGAAGCACGAGGACUACCUCCGUACUUUGGAAACUUGCUCAACAACCGCCUCGACAGCAAAUCUUCGGAUUCAUUAUGCAUGAAGAGGAACCAGCUUAGCGCAGUGGCAGCGGCAGAUUACAUGGCCCGAGACGAGUACCUCUUUAACAAGCAACACUUCCUCAGCAGACUGAUGCCUCUACCUUUGUUCUCGGGAUUGGAAAACUCACUUUUUCACUUGAACUACGACGACACUAAGGCUGGUUGUUGUCCCUUUUGCGGUCGCGGCUCCCCAGGCGAGCCCUGUCAAGUCGGAGUGCAAGUGCGACCGCAACUCUACGAUGUAGUCACCAAGAACAAGAAGGGUGGUAGUUUAGGACCACCACCAGCUUCUUCUGUACGGUGGUACUAUGAGGAGAAAGACGAGGUGGACGACAGCACGACAGUCAAGAAUCCUGCAGAAGAUCAUUCUACUAGACGAAUAAAACACGAUGUGGCGACGUUGUCAUGCAGGAGCUCCAUCAUGUCCUCGCGUCGAGCAGUUGUGUGCUGUGAUCCGGUAUCGAACGUGGUGAGAGUGUGGAGUUGUUGUACCCAAGGACAAGCAGGCGCAGAUGACAGUACCUGUUCAUCAUCUUCGGCAAGCGAAAGAUCUUCUCCCGGACCCAGACAGCAUUCACAAAAAGGUUCGAUAACGUUGGCCCAGGCCUUGGAGACGCUGCGAUCGGACGUAGAAAUAGUGCAACGAAGUAGACGUAGACAAGAACCUAAAGGAGAUCAACCUCCGAGAUUCCAGAAAUUUGACCACAGCGUCCAUCUAAGGCCAGAGCUGCGCUUGCUUCCUGUAGAGACGAGUGGUCGUACGUGCAACGAUGCAGAUGCAGCUGCUAGCGAAGUCGCUGGUUCUGGUUGUAGUGGAGGAACAUUAAGGAGCGCCGUUUGUGGAAGUUCUUUGGGAUUGGCUUUUGUUCCAUCAUUGACGUUUUUCUGCUGUGGAGGAAGUGUGUUUCAAAAAAACAACUCGUGAAACUAUCUAACUCGACGUGAUGCAAAAUCAGUUUCCCGUUGACGAGACGCCGUGGUAAAUAUGUUGUGAUGCAACCACCUCAACUGCGGCCCAUACGCCUUUCUCCCUUUUUCGGUUUUGGGUUGUUGCCCGAGUCCGGCAUUGUAUCAAAAGUGUCCACGCGUUGAAGGUAGAGCAU